GAAGAAGAAGCCGUUCUUUGAUGAGGGUGGGGAAAAAGAAAAAUCAAAAACUGCCCGUUUUUUGACAACACUAUGGAGCUUAAACGGCUCAGAAAGCUUCAUCAGCGUGUUUUAGUGGUUGGAUUUAUUGCGUUUAUUCUCUCAGCCUCGGUGCCAGCGCUGGCCAUCGACAUCUACACCGAGCCCGAAGUGAUGGUGGAGAACGGGACAGCGUGCGUUCUGCGCUGCACUUUCAAAUCCAAUGAAGUGGUCAGCAGCUACAUCGCCGCCACCUGGUAUUUUCAGUCGAAUCAGCCCGACCACAAGUUCUUCAAGGAGCCUAACACGAUCUUUUAUUUUUACGGUGGGGGAUUGGGCCAGUCAUCGGAGGACUAUAAGGACCGGUUGCAGUUCAUCGGCGACAUUAACAAGAAGGACGUUUCCAUUCGGAUAAACCCGGUGCAGUUCGGUGACAAUGGCACAUACACCUGCGAGGUCAAGAAUCCGCCUGACAUCUCUGGCAAGCGGGCGCGAACCGAGUUGCGCGUGGUCCUGAAAGGUGCUCUCCCUCGGGCUAGCACACCCGUUAUCGUGGGGGCAGUGAUUGGAGUUCUACUGCUGCUGGUUCUCAUCCUGGUGGCCGUGUGCAUUGUGAUGAAGGUGAUUCACAGUCGCAACGAUUAUGAAGGAAAGAAAGCUGACCAAUACGCAGGGUCUGAAAGCUGUAUAAACUUGGAAAACGCGUGCGCCCCUCCGCCGCAACCCAUAAAGAAGACGGAGCCCAAGCUGGAGGGCCCCCCCAGCACCAGCCCCCCGGGUCAAGCGCAGGGCCCGGUGAUAUACGUCCAGCUGGACCACUCGGGCAGCAAAAACUCCUUCCACAAGAUGGAGCCGGUGGUCUACGCCGACAUUCGCAAAAACUGAAACGGACGAAGGGAGGAGCCGCGCGCAACUAAAAGUGGAGAAACACAAGCAGUCAAGUAUCGGACCUCUGGUGUCAGCUACUUUCGGGGACGCUUUGGUUUCUUUUUUUUUUCUCUGCUGUCACGUCCCUUGUUACUUUUCGCAUUUUACGUGACAUGGUCAUUCUUUUGAAUGCUUUAUAACUUCAAACUGGUGCACAGUAGGGACACGUUGAUACAGAAUUAUUUUACAUUCCUUUCUCAGCCUUUGAGAUAUGAGUUGGACCAGUGACUAUGCUUUAAACACUUAUUUUUUUUACGAUGACUUAUGAGUAGUAUUUAAGUGAAAUUGAGUUGGUUUAUAACAUAGCAAUACAUUUUUCACAAAGCGUUAUUUUGUCACAUGAAAAAUGGCAGUAAAUACACCAAAUAUUAGGGAUGUUCCAUAUCACUUUUUUUUUCCAGACCGAUACCAGUACGAGUACUUGACACUUGAGUACUCAUGGAUAUUCUUACCUCGUAACUGAAUACCACUAGUACUUCUGAUACUGACGUAAAAUGACCUUUUGUCCGAACUUUUUGAACUCCACAACUAUUGACCACUCCUUUGAAGCUGGUAUUAGUGUACUGUACUUGCACAUCCCUAACAAAAAAUGUAUUUAUUCUUGGGGGAAUUCAAAAAGUUUUUGUUCGUGUAGGAGGACUCUUAGAGGCCAAGUGACUAUUUUUGGUCAUUAAAUAAAAACACAACUAAGACUACAUACAUAAAUUACAUUUUGGGUCAUGGCGGCAUGUUUGGUAAAGUGGCGGAAGAAAUGUGAACAGGGCUCAGGUGCGAUGAGGAUAAACGGGACCCCCGAAGUGGACCGUCCAACUGGGUGCGGGGUGCUAGCGGACAAUUAUUCAUCGGACCCUCAAGACGAUCAACCGGUGUGUGAGUGGUGCAAGUGGAAUUUUGUUUUGUUGCAGGCACCUCCAGGAAACACUUCCAGCAUAUUACAGAGCCCCGGGCAUUAUCUUCCCUUUCUUUUUGACCCUCCCCUCGCCCACGCAAACGAGUCCCCUUAGAGGCCCAGGUCGGGUUGCACCCCCUCCUAAGUUUCGCCGCUGGUUUUGUAUAUAAGUGGUUUACAUGACCCAAAAUGUGAUGUCCAUAUACUGUCAUGGGCGAAAUUAUUGGCACCACUGGAAUUAUUUUUCCAGAAAAUACACAGUUUCUCCCAGACAUUAACGCAAUAGAAAUGUAUUCAGUGUGAAUGUGUUUAUACCUCGGACGUGGACUGAAAAAAAUCCAAAAUUGAUACAGUUUUAGACAAAACUAAAAAAAUAGGCUAGACAAAAUUGUUUGCACCCUUAACUCUAUUUGGUUGCACAUGCUUUAAAAGAAAUAACAGAAAGCAAUCGCUUCCGAUAGCCAUCAACAAAUUUCGUGCGUCGCUCAGAUGAAAUUUUGGACCACUCCGUUUUUGCGAACUGUUCCAGGUCUUUCAAAUUUGAAGGGUGACAGUUUCCGGACAAUACAUCCUACAUUACGGCCCAAAACAUUUUGAUAGUCUCCAGAUUUCAUGACUCCUUGCACGCUGUCAAGGCACCCAGUGCCAGAGGCAGCAAAACAACCCCAAAACAUCAUUGGACCUCCACCAUGUUUGACUACAGGCAUGUGUUCUUUUCUUUGUAGGCCUAAAUCCUUUUUCUAGAACUGGGUGCCUUGACAGUGUGCAAGGAGUCAUGAGAUGGAUUGCAAUGUAGUGUCAGAAAACUUGGGCUGUGUUUUGGGGUUGUUUUGCUGCCUCUGGUACCGGGUGCCUUGAGAGUGUGCAAGGAGUCAUGAAAUCUGGGGAUGGGCCGCAAUGUAGGGUGUAGUGUCAGAAAACAGGGACUGCGUCAGAGGUCAUGGGUGUUCCAACAGGACAGUGACCCAAAACAUACCUCAAAUAGCACCAAGAAAUGGGUGGUGACCAGUGUCCAGUGCCAGAAUAAACAAUGAGGCCUACAAAGAAAAGAACACAGUGCCUAUAGUCAAACAUGGUGGAGGUCCAAUAAUGUUUUGGGGUUGUUUUGCUGCUUCUGGUACUGGGUGCCUUGACAGUGUGCAAGGAGUCAUGAGAUGGGCCACAAUGUAGGGUGUAGUGUGGGUCUGCGUCAGACGUCAUGGGUGUUCCAACAGGACAAUGAUCCAAAACAUACCUCAAAUAGCACCAAGAAAUGGUUGGAGACCAGUGUCCAGUGCCAGAAAAAAAGAAGAGGCUUACAAAGAAAAGAAAAGAGUGCCUAUAGUCAAACAUGGUGGAGGU